AUGAAGGCCUACAACUCACAGAAGGCUCUGAAGACUGUCGUCGAGAAUUUUCGAAAGCCGCGACAGUUGUUCAUGUACCAUCCGAUUCAGUUCGAGAUCCGAGGCACGUUCCCCAGCACCACGACUACCUUAUUCUCGAAGCACUUGAAUGGAACCACGUAUUGGAUGGCAAACAUGACCAAUGUCCAUGACAGGUCGGGACUUUAGACGCUCCGAAUCUUUGAUAAGAUCAAACAUUUCUUUGACAUUUCCCUUCUCCUCCAAACCAGUUUCUCUCCCCCCGCCACCUUUGUACCCAUCCCAUUUUUGCAGAGACCGUCAGAUCCUCACCCAUGACGGCAAAUUCCGAAAAAACGACUUUCUAGCGGUUUUCGAUGAGUUCUGCCGUGCCACCGGACUGUUUGCACACCUCAAAACAGCGUCCACUGUGGCCGAACAAUGCUACACUAAAGCUGUGAGAAACAAUAAGAAACGAACGAUGAUAAGACAGGGGGACGAUUGCAGAUUGAGGAAUACAUGAAGAAAAACAAUAUUGCGGCGAGCGUCCAAAACAAAUCAUCUCACUUUUUCGCGAUGAACGAGAGUCAGAUGUUCAAGUAUCGGCACUACGAAGACGGAUCGCCGCUGCCGGACGGUUACUCGAUCGAGGUGCCCGAUCUGUCGGAAGACGUCUCUCUCAUCGCCGGCUCUUCCGCCAACGCCAAUGAGAAACUUGUCGAGUAGGCCAGGAAUCUUCUAGAAUCCUUCUAGAUUCCGUGAAUUUCAGAGAAAAACUGCGUCGAUUCCCGUCGCUUUGCGUUCGAAAAGGCGACGAGCUGGCCGGAUUCAUCUCCUCAGAAACAAACGGAGCACUCGCGCAUUUGCACGUUUUCGAUGUUUGUGCCUCGUUUUUUUCUCCUUAAAAACAAUUAAUUUUAUUUAGAAUCAUCGCGGAAAGAAUCUCGGAGAGAAACUCGAAAUCGGAGCGGCCAAGAUGGCCAUUCAGAACGGCAUCCGUCCGUGCAAAUUCAUCGACACCUCGAACAGCUUCUUUUUGGAGAAGGCGAAAAAGUCGAAGAUGAUGGAUUUGGUGGAGUCGAACGGAACUCCGUUGGUCUUUGAUCAGAACGUCUACUCGCCAACCUCAAACUACGCAAUGCAUCAGUGA